UGUCAAAUGUCAAAUCCCCACAUGAAAAUAAACUUUUUCACGUACAAGUACAUAAAUACACCUAACUACUUAACAAAUUUUCCGAAAAUUUACCCAAUGGCAAGUACUGAAAAAAUGGAAAUUCACAAAGAAGAUGAACCUUAUGGUCUAGGCUGUGCUUUAGAAGCCUUCACUGAAAGAGACGAGGUGGAAAAAUUAAUAGAUAAUCUAAAGAAUGCUAUCAAUGAGGACCUUUCAUUUCGUGAAAGAUCUUAUGAAAAAUUUGCUUUCAUUUUGAGCCUUUACAGUGAGCAACCACAUCUUUUAGACAAGCAUAUUCCAGAAUUAUUGGAAAAAUUCAUAAAUAUAAUUCGGGAUACGAAUAAUAGUAUGGAAUUGAAGCAUAUGACAUUCAAAUAUUUAUUUGUUUUGGUGAAUGUGAGGGGUUACAAAGUAAUUGUAAACCAGCUACCCCAUGAAGUGGCUGAUUUUGAACCAGUUCUGCAGAUGUUAGAAGCUCAAGAUCCUAACGACUGUGACAACUGGACGACCAGGUAUACUUUACUGCUAUGGCUCUCAAUUAUAGUCCGAAUACCAUUUCAUAUGUCGAGAUUAGAUGGAAUAUUAGAUGGAAAUUCUGAUGAGAAAACUGUUAUGGGUCGGGUUUUGGAGUUGAUAAAAACAUAUUGUGUAGUAUCUGAUAAAUGUAGGGAUGCAGCAGCUCUUUUAGCUGCACGAUUCCUUUCCAGAUCUGAUGUGAAAUCUGUUCAUUUAACUUCGUUCUUAGAAUGGGCCAAAGAACUAGGUUCUCAAGAUACAUAUAAUAUUUUCCAAAAGCAUGGAAUUUUCGAAUGCAUAGCUAUUAUAUUGAAGCAUGGAAAAAGAGACGAUCUUCUACCUUAUGCAAGAGAUUUAUUACAAUGGAUAAUUUCUCCAAAAUUUAGAGAGAACACUGGUAGUAAUGUCAAUAAGUUGGUUUUUAAAAUAAUUCAGAGAAUCGGUCUGAUAUUCUUGGCUCCAAGACUUGCGAGUUGGAGAUAUAAGAGAGGUAAUCGUUCUUUGGCUACCAAUUUGAGCGCUGGAGAUGGUACCACUUCGAGCGAUGAUCCUAAGGUAAAGCAGACUGAGGAGGAUGAUGAUGAAGAAGCCAUUGUUCCUGAAGAAGUAGAAGAAGUGAUAGAUCAGCUUGUUCAAGGGCUGGCGAAUCAAGAUGGUAUUGUGAGGUGGAGCGCAGCUAAAGGUAUUGGUCGAGUCACUGGACGGUUGCCUAAGGAGUUAGCAGAUGAAGUUGUUGGUUCUGUCUUGCAACUUUUCAAUCCAAGAGAGGGAGAUGGUGCCUGGCAUGGGGGUUGCUUGGCAUUAGCUGAAUUGGGAAGAAGAGGAUUACUGCUUCCUCAGCGUUUACCAGAGGUGGUACCAGUAGUCAUAAAAGCUCUGGUGUACGAUGAACCAAGGGGAUAUUCGUCGGUGGGUUCCCAUAUUAGGGAUGCCGCCUGCUACGUCUGUUGGUCUUUUGCGAGAGCCUACGAUACAGAUGUAUUGAAGCCGUAUGUGAAUCAGAUUGCAUGUACUCUUAUUAUUGUAACCUGCUUCGAUAGAGAGAUAAACUGUAGGAGAGCGGCAUCUGCGGCUUUCCAAGAGAACGUAGGCAGACAAGGCACUUUUCCCCAUGGCAUAAACAUCUUGACCUGCGCCGAUUUCUUCGCGGUGAGCGUUCGGAACAACGCCUACCUCCAAAUAGCGCCCUACAUCGCUCAGUUCGAAGAGUACACGUUGUCGCUCAUCGAUCACCUGGUCGAAAAAAAGGUCGACCACUGGGACGUCGGGAUCAGAGAGUUGACCGCAAAAGCUCUGCAUAAUUUGACCGCUUCCGAUCCAAACCACAUGGUCCAGAAAGUUCUACCAGCCCUAUUUGCGCAGGCUUAUACUAUCAAUCUGAACGGUCGCCAUGGCGCUGUUAUAGCAAUCGGAGAAAUCGUACACGCCCUCUCCGUCAUAGCCAACGGAAAGAAAGCGAAGAUCGACACAUAUCUCAACGAUGAUCUAUUGGGCAAAUUGAGAGGCCUCAUCAGGAUAUUCAGGGAAAAAUUAUAUUUCAGGGGGAUGGGAGGGGAACUGAUGAAACAGGCGUGUUGCACCUUUAUCGAGAAAUGUUCCUUGUCUUCCCUUCCCUUUCACGGUGAAGAUGUUGUGGAUGAUUGGUUGUGCCUUGUCAACGAAUGUAUACCGUACAAUGUCGUUGCCAUAAGGAAUGGGGCUAUUAAAGCUUUGCCCAUUUUACUCGAUGAGUACUUCAGAGAUUCCUCUGCUGUAGCGAAGCAGGAAAAAUUGGUUGAAGAAUAUUUAAAGCAGCUUUCAAAUACGAGCGUCCAGGAAACCAGGAUGGGUCACGCGUUAGCCUUGGGUUUCUUGCCCAAAUUCAUGUUGAAAGAUAACCUGGAAUCCAUAAUAGAAGCUCUGAUAGAGGCUUCAAUGAUAACUCAGGCUACUUUGAAGUGGGCCGAGGCUAGAAGGGAUUGCGUCAGAGCGUUAUGCAACAUAGUUUUAACCUUGGGGGAAGAUUUGGAGAAAGAACUGCCUGAAAAAUUCGUAAACAACAUAUUCAACACUUUCCUAGAAGGCCUGAAAGACUACACUCAAGACAAAAGGGGCGACAUAGGGGCUUGGAUGCGAGAAGCUUCGAUGACAGGUUUACAAACUCUGAUCCUGUUUUUAACCAACCAACGUUCCAAAUAUCUAAAGCCAGAUAUGGUGGUGAAAUCCUUGUCGAAUAUAAGCCAGCAAGCUGUCGAGAAGAUCGACAGAACUAGGGCUCUGGCCGGAAGGGUAUUCUACAGUUUCAUUCAUAACGAUAACCCGGUCCCUUAUGUACCACACCACGCAGAACUAAUCAGUAUAUUCCCGAAAGAGCAAUGCGACGAUCUCAACUGGAAUUCUGCAAAUUUCACCUUCCCAAAGUUCGUUCAACUUUUGCAAUUUCCCGAUUUCACCUACAACAUUCUGUUGGGUCUAAUUUGUAGCGUGGGAGGUCUGACGGAAACCUUGGUAAAAUAUUCUGCUUCGUCGCUCUUCGCGUAUCUGGAUUCGGAGAAAAAACUCAAGGGGGAUGCUGAGAUGAGGAGGAUUUGCGAGGUUAUUCAUCAAAUCUUCGUGGAUUAUCACAAGAACGAUAGGAUAACUGUACCCAUGUUCAAGUUUUUGGACAAAGUUUUCGAUUCUGGUUGCCUGGAGUGCGUUCUACAGGAUAAGGAGUCCGAUUUUGCCCCGCAGAUACUGAAACUGAUCCAGGCGGAAAUAGCAGGCUGCAAGGAUAUAUACAAACUUAUUGAUGGGGUCAACACUCUAUGCCAAUUCAUUCAGAUAAAGAGUGAGGUUUGUGAGAAGACCUUGAUACAGUUGAGCAUAAUGCUUUGUCAUCGCCAUUCCUAUAUCAGGAGGUCGACAGCAACACGAUUGUACGAAUCUCUCCUCGUAAACGGUGACGCAAGUACAAUAAAUCCAGACAAUAUGGAUCAGAUACUGCAACUAUUGGGCGACACGAAUUGGGAGGAGCCAGUGGAAGUCGUCAAACCAAUCAGAAACGAACUGUGUAAAUUGAUGGGCGUUAGGGUACCGACACCUAAAGCGAAACCUGUCCAAGGGAAAUGAAUUCUUAUACACGUUUCUUAUUAUGAGCUUUAUUUGAAUACUGUUAUAAUUGAUUUUCUAAUUUUGUAUUAACUCAAUAAAAAUAAUAAUUUUU